AUGGCGGUUGGAGGUGACGCCGAAAAGGCUGACGUGGACUCGGACAUGCGUAUUCGUUACGCAGAUGAGGAACAGCCUCAAGAGAGUCGACGUCGCUCUCUUCAUAGGAAGUCAUCUGUUGGUUCCAUGUCCAUUCGAAGUGCACGUAGGAUCGUGCCCCCAGAAACCGUCCUCCCGAUUGCGUAUCGUACCCUUUCAUACAAUGUUGAAGAGUCCAUCCAAAAGGCGAAGGAAACACCUCUCAAAGGCGCCACGCAAGCUGUCGAUGGUAUCUCGGAGCUAGACUGGCAUUUGAUCCCCAUUGAUAACAUAGUAUCACGUCUGAAUACCUCAGUUUCCCAAGGUCUCUCUGCAGACCAAGCCCGGAAACGUAUACUUGAGCAUGGUAAAAAUGCUCCCACCCGUCCUCGUACCGAAUGGUUUCGCAAAAUCACGGGGUACUUCUUCGGCGGGUUUGGUAUACUGCUCUUGACUGGAUGCAUCCUUGUCUUUAUCGCCUGGAAGCCUCUGGGUGACCCCCCAGCCCUUGCAAACCUGGCACUGGCAAUUGUUUUGUUGGCAGUCUUCUUCAUCCAGGCCGGUUUUAAUGCCUGGCAGGAUUGGUCAUCCUCAAGGGUCAUGGCCUCCAUCACCACUAUGCUUCCUGAUGACUGCACAGCUAUUAGGGACUCAGGUACUGUUGUAAUGUCUGCUGUUGAGCUUGUGCCCGGAGACAUCAUUAAAAUUAAACAGGGGAAUAAGUUGCCUUGCGAUAUUCGGUUUGUGGAGGUAUCGUCCGAUGCUAAAUUCGAUAGGUCUAUACUCACAGGUGAAUCGGAACCCGUGGAUGGCACAGUCGAGUCUACGGAUAAGAAUUUUCUAGAAACUCGCUGCAUUGGCCUCCAAGGAACACACUGUGUCUCGGGUACUGCCACUGGCAUAUGUAUUGCAACUGGGGAUAAGACUGUCUUUGGUCGAAUUGCCAACCUGACAAGCAAACCGAAUCAUGGACUCACGCCGAUUCAGAAAGAGAUAUUACGCUUUGUCUUGAUUAUCUUCACCUUCUCCCAACAAUACCCCUUUAAUAUAUUGACACAGUAUAGGGCUGCAUGGUUGAGGAAAUCUCAUCCAAACUGGAUCAAUGUGCCAAUGCUCAUAGUCAAUUGCGUGAGUGUCGGUAUAGCUUUUGUUCCAGAGGGACUUCCCGUUGCUGUUGCGCUCAGCCUUACAAUUGGAGCGAAAAUCAUGAGAAAGAAUAACAUUCUUUGCAAGUCUCUUGCUACGGUAGAAACACUUGGAUCUGUCUCCGUCAUAUGCUCUGAUAAGACAGGCACUUUGACCAAGAAUGAAAUGUUUGUGACCGACUGCUUUGCGGGCGGGCAUGAAUACAGGGCAGAUGACGUCAAAAAGUUCCUUGGUACCGCGUGUGAAGGCUCUAAUUCUCCUAAUAAUGCACUGGAGCGCACGCAGAUACUGGGUGCUCUAUGCAACGCAGCUGAAAUAGAUGCGUCUACUCUCAAGCUUCCUGCACAGUCAAUGAAAAUACACGGAGAUCCUACUGACCAAGCCAUUCUGCGAUUCUCUGAGUCUCUGGAGCCUACCAAGGAACUGAAGAUGAAGUGGAAAAAGGUCUUUGAGAUUGCUUUUAGCAGUAAAAACAAGUACAUGAUCCGAAUUAUGGCACCUGCAUCAUCAUCAGAUACAGAAAACGCUGAAAAGCACACGGAAAUUGAUGGCUCCGUUGCUGUGUUAUCUGACAUGGACAGAGAGUCUAUCGAAAGAGCAAAAGACAAAUGGUCUCGCGAAGGAAAGAGAGUGAUACUUCUUGCGAGGAGAGAUGUCACCCAGGCUGUUGAAGAUAGCCUGAAAAUGGCACAGCCUGAAAAAUCCAUCAUGGAUUAUGCAAGAUCGGAUCUUACUUUUGUUGGAAUGUGGGCAUUGAUUGACCCUCUGGUGACGGGGGAUUUUAAACUCACUGCUCAAGCCAUUGCGGUCGAUUGUGGGAUAAUCAAAUCCUCAACUACAGUGGUUCAUUCCAUUGACAACUUACGCCGCGAUUUUGAAAUAGAACAACAUAAUCAACGUGAACAGCGAUCUCCUCUCGUUAUCAGUGGCCCUGAGCUUAUCACUCUCAAUGACACGCAGUGGGAUCAACUCUGCACGUAUGAGGAAAUCGUCUUUGCCCGCACUACCCCUGACCAGAAGCUUCGAAUUGUGAAGGAAUUCCAGUCCCGGGAAAAAAUAGUGGCAAUGACAGGCGAUGGUGUGAAUGAUGCACCGGCACUGAAAGCUGCAGAUGUUGGAGUAGCACUAGGUAGUGGAUCUGACAUAGCCAUUGAAGCCGCCGACAUGGUCCUUUUAGACUCAUUUGCCGCUAUUGUCGAGGCCGUCAAAUAUGGCCGUGUCACUUUCGACAAUUUGAAGAAGACUAUAUGCUACCUUCUACCAGCAGGGAGUUUUAGUGAACUUUAUAAAAAAAAGGCCGCGAAUGCUAACUGGGAUGGUAACAGGUCAUUAUAUGAUGCUGCUGGGGCUAUUACCCUGUCCUACGAACAGCCGGAGAUGGAUGUCCUCCUUCGGCCUCCUCGCAACCAGAAGACAGACCGAUUAGUCAACGGCCGUUUUAUUCUCCAUGCAUAUGGCUUUAUUGGCGUGUAUGAGUGUCUACUCUCGUUUGUCAUGGCUUUCUGGUAUAUGUCUAGGCGCGGCAUUCCAUUCAGCGCCAUGCUUCUCAAAUUUGGCAAAAUGGACCCUCAAUAUGACCCGGCAUAUGUCACCGAAAUAUCCAACAAAGCAUCUUCGAUCUACUUCGUCAACCUCGUCAUUUUGCAGUUCUUCAAUUUGCUGGCCACCCGAACUAGACGGCUAAGCAUCUUCCAGCAGCCCCCAAUAUUCAACAAGGAAACACAGAAUCCUCUCCUUUUCGCAGCUAUGCUGUUUUCUCUGAUGAUUAUCUUCAUCUUCUGCUACAUCCCUGGAAUUCAGAACACAGUCGCUACGACGACUGUUCCAGUGGAGCACUUCUUCCUUCCUAUCGCAUUUGGACUUGGUCUUCUUCUGCUUGAUGAGACAAGGAAGUAUUUUGUUCGUAAUUAUCCGAAAGGUCUGUUGGCGAAGCUUUCUUGGUAG